AUGGCUUCAGUUCAGAUUAUGAUGUCAACUAUGUACUACCACCAGCACAUGGUGGUGCCAGCUAGCGUCAAAGUUUCGGCGGCAAACCGUCAACGAACGAGCGGCAGCAUCGACGCGGCGGCGCCGAGCGACGCGCCCAUUGAACAGGCCUUGAUCGCUGCUCGGCCACCAUGCGCACGUGCUGCUGCGGAAAGCAGAAUCCCUCGAGGACGCCAGGCAUUGGCUUCCCACAUACCUAGGUAA